AUGGGUGUUUUCACAUAUGAAAAUGAAGUUGCCUCCGUGAUUCCCUUGACUAAAUUUUUUAAGGCAUUCAUUAUUGAUGCUGACAACCUUUAUCCUAAGAUUGUUCCAAAUCAGCCCCAAACCGAAAUUGUCGAAGGAGAUGGUGGCCCUGGAACUAUAAAAAAGAUCACCUUCAAUCACGGAGGGCAAGUGAAAAUAAUAAUGCACAGACUGGACAUAGUGGACGAAGCAUCAUUGACGUACAAAUACACGGUGUUAGAAGGAGAUCUUAUUUCAGAUACUAUUGACCAAAUUGUUAAGGAAAUAAAGGUAACUGCAGGUCCUGAUGGAGGAUCUAUUUUGAAGAACACUAGCAUUUACCACAUCAAAGGAGAUAACCAACUCGAUAAGGAGAAGCUCAAGACCGAUGAAGAAAAGGGAUUGACUCUUUUCAAAAUCGCUGCGGGCUACCUCUUGACUAACCCCGAUGAAUACAACUAA